AGUUGCAGCCAGUGGAAAGGAGGAGGCACUCUAAGUGCCUCAGAGAAGGCUGUCAUUCUCUGCAGGUCUUCAGAAGUGCCUCUCUUUGUGUCCUCUGCCCAUGCAGCAGAGCUGAGGAACUAGAUUGCUCCUUUUGUCCCUUCCAGGGCUAAGACACCUAAAAUUUCAUUGAGGUAAUAAUGUCUCAGUGAGGUAUCUAAAGUAGAUGGAUGCGAUUCCAGCCUGAAUAAUUGGGGCUUUGGAGUAAAAGAUUGCAAGAAAAACCAAAGUGUCAAUAGUAAGAUACAAGCUGCUGAAAACCAAAGAAAAGAAAGUAUUGAUUAAAAUAACGAUGUAUUAGAAGACUAUUUGAAAAGAAUCAAAGACUACAGCCUUUUGUAGUUAUUUUUGUUCCUCCUCCAUGCCCCAUUAGCCUUUAGAAAAAAAUAAUUUAAUAUAUUGUUGGAAAAAAAACUUCUCAUCUUUUCUGUGACACUGUACUCGGGAGCCAUGGAGGGCUAAAAAUCAUUUGUAACACGGUGAGAAAAAGUAGUGGGUCCAAUAAGACUGCAAUGGUAACCCAUCAGUUUUCCAUCACUUAAUCUAAUUCCUUGGAUAGCAUUGUCUGAAAAAAGACAGAAGAGUAUUUAUUGCAGUAGCUUGAAUAUGCAUCAAUUGAUUUUAUUAUACUAGAAAACCUGAGAAAGUAUGGUUUAUUUAUAUACAGAUUGUGUAAAUACACUGUAGGCAAGUUUCACAGUUUAAUGUUGAAAGGGCUUUCAUUAAUGGUGUAGUUGUGAGAAAAGGAUGUAAAGCAGCAUAAAAGAGUCAGGAUUUGAUUUUUACUGAGAUAAGUUGAAAGAAUAAUUCACCUUUAGUGAAUGUGUUUCUUCUUUCAUGUUGUUUUAUGUGUUGAUUUUUCUAGUACUCCAUGCAUGGUUGCAAAAAGUAUACAUUAAGAAUGAAUCCCUCAUUGAUGUGACUUAAUGAUGUCUAUAAUUUAUGUUUGCCUAAUUCUCUGUGUUAAUAAAAAAAAUCACCAGAGAUCCAUAAAAUUAAAUGGUUGGUUUUGACCUGGAGCAACUACACACUAUGUUUUUACUUUAGGUGUAUUUUUGUAGAAGACAUGAAGUCAGUUCUGCUAAGCAAUGUAAUCUGAUACUGAAAAAGUAUCUUGUUAAAUGUAAUAUUUUUUAGAAAGUAUGGAGUGGGGUUUUUUUAAAGGCUAGGAGAUUGCAUGUCAAAUACAGCUCCAGAACUUUGUAUGGCUUCCCAUCCUUCUCAGAGACAAAAAGUUACCUAAAGAUUUGAAACUGAAUUUAUGGCCCAACGUCUCCUAUUGUUCAAUGACUGAUUUUGGUUUGUAUCGAUACUGAGGCUCAUCGGAAUGUUUGAAAACCCACCGGUUUUGUGAAUGGAAACCACGGCAUCAGGACCAGGCGCUCUAUUUCCUGUAGCCGAAACCAGCCACCCACAAGAACUGGUAGAUAGCACUCGCUUCCCUGUCCCGAGUACUCAGACUAAGGCUGAGCAUUGAGAACUGACAACAUGAUAUGGCAUGCGAUAUACCAGUUAUCAUUGUAAAGAAGGUAUUCGUCAGACAGGUGUAAAAUUUCGGCUCCUGAGGUAGGAAAGCUCCGUACACUGAGCUACAUUUGGAGAAAUCGGUACCUGCAACUGACACCUCGAGAGGAGUGAGCCCGAGGGAUACCCGAGGUGAGAGGGGCCGUGCCCAGACCCAGCGACGCCGUGGCAGUCCGCAGCAGCCCCUCAUUUCUGCCAGAGUGAAGGGAAACGGUGAGACAACCCGAUGAGCGCUUUCAGCCACGGGAUCCUGAAGCAACGCCGUGUGCCUCACUCCGCCUAGGCACUGACUGGCUCGUAGCUGUCACAGAUGUGGCAGCAAGAGUCCCUGCGCCCCAGCCCCGGCGGCCUCGCCGGGCGGGCUGUCACGCCGCUACCGCCUCCUCCCUCGCUGCAGCGUCGCGCACGCCGCCCCUCUCCGUCUCCCCCUGCCCAGCUGCUCGGGCGGCCCGGCGGGGGCUGAGCCGCCGCCUUGUCGCUGCUGCUGCUGCUGCUGCUGCCGCCGCCGCCGAGGCCGGUCCGCCCGCCGCCGCCCCUUCCCUUCCCUUCCCCCGCCACCGCACAUGCCCAGAAGGGCGGGAGCCGCGGCGAGCCCGGGCGCUGCUGUGACAGCGGCGGCGCUUUCCCUUCCGUGGUGGGUGGGGGCCGCGCCGCGCCCCCCGGCCCGGCCCGGCCCGGCGGAAACACUGCGCCGGCCGCCUGCUCGCCCAGUGCCUUCGCCGCCGCGCCCCGAGCCCGCUGCCGCCGCGGGGCGGGAGGCGGCCAUGUCGCUAUUGUCUGCGCUGGUGCCCUUGCUCCGGGUGUACUGCAUCGGCCUCCGCGUCAUCCUGCACCAGCUGCGCCGCCGCUUCCAGCCGCGGUGCGCCCCGGCCUCAGUUUUCCCUACACAAAAUGGAAAGGUUGCUAUAGUGACUGGAGGCACUAAAGGAAUUGGUUACCAAACUGUGAAGCAUUUGGCAAGACUUGGCAUGCAUGUGAUAAUAGCUGGAAACAGUGAAAGUGAUGGCCAAGAAGCGGUGAAGAAAAUAAACGAAGAAACUUUGACUGGAAAAGUGGAGUUUUUAUACUGUGAUUUGGCUUCCAUGAAGUCUAUACGGCAAUUUGUGCAGCAGUUUAGAGCAAAGAAUUGUCCACUCCAUGUCCUGGUGAAUAAUGCUGGGGUGAUGCUGGUCCCUGAAAAGAAGACGGAGGAUGGGUUUGAGGAACACUUCGGCUUGAACUACUUGGGACACUUCCUGUUGACUAACCUCCUCUUGGAUACGCUGAAGCAAUCAGGAACGCACAGUCACAACGCUAGGAUCGUCACUGUCUCAUCAGCCACCCAUUAUGUAGGCAAAUUGCACCUAAACGACUUACAAAGCAGAUGUUCGUAUUCGCCCCAUGGAGCCUAUGCCCAAAGCAAACUUGCCCUUGUGUUAUUUACCUAUCGACUACAGCAUCUUCUGACUGCAAAUGGAAGCCAUGUGACUGCUAAUGUAGUAGACCCUGGAGUAGUGAAUACUGAGCUCUACAAGCAUGUCUUUUGGGUUGUGAAAGUGGUCAAAUGGAUGACAGCCUGGCUAUUUUUCAAGACCCCAGAGGAAGGAGCCUCUACAACCAUCUAUGCAGCAGUAUCGCCUGAGAUGGAAGGAGCUGGUGGCUGCUACCUUUACAAUGAGGAAAGGACAAAAUCGGCUGACGUAGCAUAUGAUGAGGAGCUGCAGAGAAGGCUCUGGACAGAAAGCUGCAAGAUGGUUGGGAUUUCUGAUGAAGCCAGCAGGCUUCCCUAGAAGAAGCCACUUUCAGCUGGGUAAAUUAAAUGCAUUGAAAAGCAUCUUACGUGAAUUCUUGCAGCAUCAGCCAUCAUCCUGGAAGUCACUCUUCAGUCCCAAAGGCAAACGUGAACAGCUCUGUUCUUCACUUGAAUCCCUAAUCUGCUAGGGUGUGGGGGGAAUAUUCCCACAGAAAGGUGUAGUGGUUGGUUUUAAAUCUAACCAUCAGUUUUGUAAAUCAUUCUGUUUCAGUCUGUGAUUAAAAUACAAUCUUUAAACAUG